UUGGAGAAAACAAGUUUAGUUAGCUGGCUGUGUCCCCUCUAUCUGCCCCCUCUCUCCCUCUGCAAACAUGCACACAGCCUGGGCUUGUCCCAUGCAAUCUCCCCAGCAGGGCAGCCCUCCCCCAAACUAGAGCUGCAUGCACAGCCUGCACCCUGCAGGAGGAUUGGGAGUGCUCCCCAGAGCCAGCCUCUGCAUGGAAGAGACAGAAUGCAUUGUUAAGCAGGUAUUUGCUCCCCCCAGCCAGCAGUGAGCCUGCCAGCCCUAUGUAUAGGAUUGUGGAUGUGGCCAGGGAAAGCACAUGGGCUGCUAAUGGCUGGCUGGCCCCUGCAUGCACAGCUCCCACUGGCUAUUAAGGGCAAAGGACAGGGCUAUUGCAACAGCUCCCAGUGCAAAUAGUUCCUCUCUGGGCUCUGGGUGCUGGGGUAAGACAUUAUUGCCAACUUCAGGAUACAUUGUGUCUGCUGGCAGCAGUGGGAGCUGGUGGAGGGGGGGUUGGACAUUGCUCAAUGUCCCCAGCUCUGAAUGUAUAGGAAUUGAAUGCAAGCUUCCACCCAAGGAGAGGCCUGCCUGUCAAUUCAUUUUUACUGCAAUUUGCAUAAAUCUUUAAUUAGCUGCUAAAUGGAACCGAUUUACUACAUUGCCACCUCUGUACUGUUUGCACAAUGACCUGCUUGGCCACUCUGGGUCUGCAGGCAUUGCAUGCUAGCUAGAAUUUGCAGAAUUAGCAAAACUCCCAAUAUCUUAAACUUUUUUUUAUUCUCCUGCAAGUAUUCAGUCAGACUGCUUCUCCAUGCAAACUGCAGCAUUAGCCAACUAUUCCGAAAAAAAAUCCAAAGUUAGCUUGACUUCUACUUGACGUGCCACUGUGAACUAGUAAGGAAAGAUAAUGUAUAUCGCAUACUCUCAGGUUAAGCCGAAUCCUAUAUUUUUAACUAUUUUUUGGGGGGAGAUCGAGGUUUGAUUUGUAGCCAAAAUUACCCAGCACAUAAGCCUUACAGAUCUAUGUGUAACUGGAAGAUUAUAUUAAUACAUAGAAUUUUAUAAAACAGACCAGGUGUUAUUACACAAUACGGUUUUGUUGCAGUGAAAUUGAAAUAUUGCCUUAUUGCCGAGUGUUUUAUUCUGUGAGUUUAUUUGUUAAUCUUUUCAAUAAUACUGCUGGUUUAAUUAUUCAAAAUAAAAAGUAUUGGCUAUUUUUAAAAAGGGAGUAGAGAUAUUUCGCUUGAAUUGAGAAAGUGCAGUUAAUUUCUGAAUAUUUUCUUACACGUUUUCCAAAGACUAGAACCACCUUAGAGCCUGUUGAAAUUAUCGAUUUAUUUAUCUUACUUUUCCAUUUUACUUCUGUUUAGUAUCUAAAAAGGUGACUGGCCCAGAGCGGUAAACAGAAUUCUACCUUGAAAUUGUGCCUUUUACUUUUAGGAAAUCUUUUUUUGGGGGGGGGAACACAGAUAUUUGGUCGAUCAGAAUUCUAUAUUUUGCAAAUAGGCAAAUGCGUUGUAUGACCAAUCUGUCAAAUUUAGCAAAUCAAGCUGCCAGGCAUUUUCUGUCCGAUUUUUAAAUCCUGGACAAUACUAAACUUCAGUUCCCUAUAUCCAAUUUUUCAGAAUUUUUUAAAAUUUUUUUAUUAUUUUGAUAUUUUUUUUUCUGCAUGCAUAAAUCUGCUUUCCCUGCAGUCUUAGACGGACGCCUGGAUUUUUUUUUUUUUUUAUUUGUAUUAUUUUUAUAAUCUUUGAAACAGAGUGCAUAUUGUGGCCUCUAGUGGACCUACAGCACUAACAUAAAAUUAAACAAAAUGGGACUUAAUAAUUUCAGCUCUCUGCUCCGGGCAUGAAGAUUUUAGUCUCAUCAAAAAAGGAAAAAAUGAAUUGUACAACAUAAAGGUUUUUGUUUUUGUUUUUUCCUUUGGAACCCAAGACCUCACACAAUAUGGACUCUUCUUUCUCAAAUGAUGGUGCAUUGAUUCAGGACUGAAAGUGAUUGUAUAGUAUCAAGUAAGACAUACCUUGGGACUAACCUCCUCUUUGGAGAAUGUAUUUUUAAUUUCAGUAAUAUUCCUGCCUUUUUUCUGUAAACUGCAAUCCCAAAAAAACUUUUCAGUUCCAUUUCAAAUUUAUUUGUACAUUUAUUUUGUACGAAAUAAAGACAUUUUCUACACUAAGAGAACAUUUGCUGCCCCCCUUUUAGACUGCCAUGCAUGCAGUUUUUUGGACUUUUUGUAUUAUUUUGAAUUUUAUGGGGGGAGUUUUUAGGUAACGAUUUUUUUGGUCUGCUGCCCAGAGAGCUAAAUACAAGCCAAACAGCCAUAGACAUUACAGAAUAUUUAGGGAAUGGAUGAAGUGAAGAAAUCUGGCUAUCUGCGAAAGCAGAAAUCCAUGCGCAGAAGGUACUUUGUCCUCCGCACUGCUGGUUCCAGAGGGCCCGCACGCCUAGAGUACUACGAGAACGAGAAGAAGUUCCGAUUGGCUGAAGGCUCUGGGGUUCCGCGAGGUACGUUAAUCUUGGAAGAAGCAUUUGGGGUGAACAAACGGGCUGACGCGAAAAGGAAGCAUCUGCUGGUUCUCUACACUCGUGAUGGCGGCCUCACCGUUUCGGCAGAGGGAGAAGAGGAGCAGGAGGAAUGGUACCGUGCCAUCAUGGAGCUGCAAGAGCAGGCUCGAGCCUUGACGUUGUCUUCUUCAGAGUGUACUGUAUGGCCAGGUCCACCCUUUCGAGAGGUAUGGCAGGUCAGCUUGCGUCCCCGAGGUUUGGGGCAGACUCGCAACCUAUCUGGGACAUACCGGCUAUGCCUCACCGAGCGUACCCUGAGCUUGCUUCGCUUGCGCUCGGACACGCCUUCCGUCACGCUCCAGCUAAUGAAUGUACGUCGCUGUGGUCAUUCCGACAACUUCUUUUUCGUUGAGGUGGGACGAUCGGCCGUCACUGGUCCUGGUGAGCUGUGGAUGCAGGUGGAAGACUCUGUUGUUGCUCAAAAUAUGCACGAAACCAUUCUGGAGGCUAUGAAAUCCCUGAGUGAAGAAUUUCGUCCACGCACCAAGAGUCAAUCCCUCUCCUCCACUCCAAUCACAGUUCCAUCUCGCCGUCACCAUCCAAACCCUCCCCCACCCAGCCAGGUGGGUUUUUCUCAGCGCUCUAAAGCUGAAGCAAACAGUGACAGUUCUCCUGCGCCAAAAUGCCACUCUUCGCCUGGAAACCCGAGCCCUCCAGAGGAAGAGGAAGAAAAACGUCCACGAGUGGAAACAACUCGCACCUCUGCUGACUACGGAUCUGCUUCAUCAGAUGAGUAUGGCUCUAGCCCCAGCCUAUUCGAGCCACAAGCUUUUCUACCGCCUUCUCCAGUGUCUGGAGAAACCAACUACAUUUCAAUGGCACAGAAUAGGAGGAAAUCUGUAGUUGCAGAUCCUACUGCUGCCACCGGACCUGCUGAAGAGGAAGGAGGUAGAGUGGCACAGUUUGAAGAAGAGGAGAAGUAUGCUAUGAUGGGCAAAUGCGAACAUAGAGAAGCCGGUUACAUGCCCAUGUUACCUGGUACCAGAUGCCAAGAUUACAUGCCUAUGACCCCCAAUAGUAUCUCACCACCUGCACCCGUGGAAACAGCUGGCUAUGUUAUGAUGUCUCCUCUCGGCAGCUGUUCUCCUGAGACCGAGCGAGCCAGCUGGCUUCCCUCUGGGGAAAUUUUUGUUGGCAGUGAGGAUAGCCACUCUUCUGAUUAUAUGAAUAUGUGGCCACUCAGCCGCUCGGCCUCCAUCACCCCACCACCACAUGAGUCCUCCUUUGAGAAAGCGUCAAGGGUCCCUACAUCUUAUCGUUCAUUGCCUCGUUCAUACAAGAUGGAUCCAACACAUGCAGCCCACCACUCUGGCUCAUCUUCUGACAGUCUGGAAGAGGCUGUUGGGGAAAAAAUUCGCAGGCCUCUCAGUGUUUCUGUGGACUCAUGGAGAACAAGCAGCCUGGCCAGGAACUAUCGUAGACCACCAAGCCCUGGGGAGUAUGUCCGAAUUCACUUCAGUGCCAAUCAUGAAAAGACCACCUCUAAGGAAGCAGCCAUUCAUCAGAAUGAAUACAUUGACAUGGAAACACAGCAUGCCCAAGCCCCCAAUGGAGGUUACACAGAAAUGGUUUUUGAACCUAAAAUUAAACCAACAUCUGGGAAUGAAUUGGGACAGUCCGUAAGGCGAGUUACAGAAAACCCCCUUUUCUCUAUGCCUACUACAGAAACAAAGAGUAGACCUGCUAUAGAAAAGGCUUUAAUAGCAACAUCAGCCUUGGAAAAAUCUUUCAAACCCACUGCAGAUAUGACUUUUUGGCCUUCUGUGCCAAUGGAAAUGUGUUCUAAUGCCAAAUUGGGAUCUGAGAAUUCUACGGAGCAUCCAUUCGGGUUCAUAGAAAAGGCCUUGGCAGUGCGUCCAAGCUCGGAGGAUGGAGAGAUAAGGUGUUUGGUUUCUGCUGUCACAGCAUGUGGUCUCCACAAGGGGCAGGAUCGCACAAAGUCAGCAAGGGCUGAUCUACCUUCACGAAUAAGGCACUGCUCCGAUACCUCAAGCAGCGUGCCCUCCACCGCCUGCAAUGGAAACCGCUCACCGGCACAGGAGUCUGGCCUCAAUUAUAUUGAUCUGGACCUGGCCAAAGAUGGAGGUGCUCUGCCCUCUUCUGUGCUGGUGGGUCCAGCUGUGACGCAGCCAACAAAAAAUGGACUGCUAGGAGCUAUUCCUUGUAGCAACACGUAUGCCAGCAUCGACUUUCAGAUGUCAGGAGAACUAAGAAGAGACAGCAGGGAUGGAACAGAAUGCUGAAAUCCCGGCGUGUCCCAUUCCCCGCCAUCCCUUCAGCAAGCUUGUGGUGAGACACGGCACCGCGUGACGAACACCACGUGGAAGUGUCUGUCUAUUUGCACUUGAAAAUCUGCAUGUUUUGCGCAACAGCAACUUUCCGAUGGGUCUUUAUUUAAUAAAGUGCCUUUUACCCCAUGACGUGCGAUUCUGUAGCUAAACUAGGCCUCAAAAGCCUUCCUGUGAGUAAUUCCCCAAAUAAUGGGUGUAUGUAGAGGAAAAUAUUGGAUCCCCGCUAAAUCCAAGGAUCGAAGCCAAAAGCUUUUUAUAGAGGCUGUAGGGUAGCCACGUUCACACGUCCGUUAUCAUGUAUGGUCAGCUUUUUAUACUGUCAGGCUCCCUAAUAAGUCUUAACCCUUCGUAUACCAAUUUCUGAAACGUUUAUUAUAGUGCAGUUUCACCUGGUAGUCGAAGGGUUACAUGAGCUCUCGCUGAGCUUACCUUGCUAGGAUGCUAAUGCUUUUAAGAUUUAUACUAAAUCUCAGUUAUCAGGGAGAAAUGCAAUUGUGUCUUAAAAGGUACAAAAUGGCCACCAAGCCAAAGCGGUACAAAAACAAACAUCAUGUGUCACUAUGGUACAAAAUGAAGACUUAGUCUCAAGUGGCUGUAAAAAUGAAAUGGUGCAACAUUGUCUAAAAAAUGUAAAAAAAAAAAAAUAUAUAUAUGAUAUAUAUAAAAAUAUAUAUAAAUAUGUUUGUGGUGCUUUGUUUAAUGGAAGAUUUAAAUCUGUGUUAUUGAAAUUCCAGCACUAUAGCAUACACUUUAUUUUCAGGGAGCGUUGGUUUAUUUUGUCAUGCGACAGAGUUUUACCCUUUCUGCCCCUUUGAGGGGGACUUAAAAUUUCAAUUCCUCUCCCGCACCUCCCUGUUUUAGAUGAAUUCAACAAAUUUUGAAAAUAAGAGAAAAAGUAAAAAAAAUUUAAAUAAAUUAAAUAAAAUGAAGUUUAUUGAAACAAGAUCUAAUAUAUAUUAGGAAUGAUACAAGUAUUAUUAAGGGAUAUAAGGUUGAAUAUACAUUGGGUCUAUAGGAUACUGGCUGUAAGGACACCGCCCCCUCUGGAAGAUGAGGGUAUUGCACACAAUUUGCUGUAGUCAGCACUAGCAUGAUACUCGGAUUUUAUUUUUUAAUAUUAAGAAAUACUUGUGGGUUAUUUUUUUUUUGCUUUUGUUCUGCUUUCCGUCAUUUAAGGCAUGUCUCUGCUCUGGCAUAAUAGUCAGAAAUAAAAUAGUAUUUAAGACUAUGUGAGCUGGUCUCCUCUCCCCCCCUCUUUGUAUUGUGGGCGAGUUGAACAUUCCAAAAAUCUGAUGGGGUGAGACGGACGGACUGAUACAAAUCUGAGCCAAUGAGAAUUCUCUGUUCCGUAAAGUUCCGUAAUCAUGGCAUGUGGUUGGUUGCUGACCAGAGCUCCAUCGCAACGCUAAGGACUAGACUUUUUUUUUUUUUUUGCAAAAAAGGCCUCACAAAAUGGCGGCCGCUGCACCAGUUUUCUAACAGAUCCCGACAAAACGGGAAUUGUUGCAUUGUAUAAGCUAUGUCUCAAUAAAGUGUUUGAACGCCCUAAA